AUGUUAUCUCCACAAACUCUCUUCCAACAUUACAGAAUUUUCAAAACAAAACUCAAGAUGGAGUUGAAUGAUGUUGCGAGUAUUGCGAAAGUAGAAAAGGAUGAUCCAGGUCCAUCUCCAGAAACCGAAAUCGACAAUCCAUACAGGUAUAUUUUUGCGACGGAGGAGCCAGUAUUCCAUCGAUUUCCCAAACUUCCUCAAGAGGUUCGUGAUAUGAUUUGGGAUUACGCUGUCGACCAUAACUCCACUUCUGAGGUUGUCUCUUUCUCGCCUACUUUUUUCAACUCCCCUCUCCUCUCUCAAGUGUGCCAAGAAUCAAGAGCGGCCUGUUUCAGGAGAUACUCUAUUUUAAGACAUCCAGGUGGAUCUGGCACGGUCGAGUUGGCUCUGUGUUACAAGGAAUUUGACAUGUACGCAUGGAUCGACUAUGAGCGUGAUGGUAUUGACGAAAUGACAUUCUGGGGAUUUAUAAAGGAUUCUGUUGACAUAUGGAAAAGAAUCACUGAAAUCUGCCCAAAAAUGACGCAUUUGAAAAUAGUCGAAGGGGGUGACAAAUCAAUUCGGCAGAAAAUACCUCAUAAGCGCUGCUUACAGCGCAUAACAAUGGGCCAAUUGUGCCGAGGCCGUCUUCUCAGUUACAUUCUUUCCGAUAUGGAAAGGUAUACUGCUAAUCAUGGCCCAUUGACUUAUGAGGUCGAAUUUGUGAAGCCCGCUCCCGACCCGAAAUUAGAGAGGAAGAUCAAGAAGCACCAGAAACAAGAAGAAGAAGAGGAAGCCUUGAGAGAAGUGAUGUAUGGGCCGAUUGAAUGGUUCGAAAAUGCAUACGAGCAGGAAUUGAACGAGGCAAAGGCGUUUGAAGAAUGGCGGGUGGAGAUGUGGAUGGAGAAAAUUAACGCAAGAUUAAAGCAAGAGGCUGCAGAGGAGGUUUUAGCUCAGUGGGAAAGAGAGGAAAAUCUCAAAUAG